AUGACCCCGGUCAAUCCAUCGGAAUUUCCAGAUGUCCAGUUCACCACGGAUAUCGAGAAGGGUUUCGAGGAUAAGACCGAGAUCGAUCUCCCCAGGCAAGAUGAUCAUGGCUGGCGACGAAUUGUCCGCGGGUUUACUCCUUCCAUGUUUUCAAUAACCAUGGGUACAGGUGUCGUGGCGAUCUUGUUGCAUCAGAUGCCAUACAACAGCAGUUGGACGAAUUAUCCUUGCUACAUUAUCUUUGGACUUAACGUCUCAAUCUUCAUUAGCGCUUUGUUCAUAUCCAUCUUGAGGUAUGUCUUGUGGCCUGAGUUGUGGCCGGCAAUGAUCAACCAUCCGACGCAUUCUCUGUUCUUGGGUUGUUUCCCAAUGGGUCUUGCGACUAUCGUGAACAUGAUCGUCUUGGUCUGCGUCCCUGCAUGGGGUCGUUGGGCAGCGACGAUGGCAUGGGCGUUGUGGUGGAUAGAUGCCGCUCUUGCAGUGACAAUCUGCUGUUCGGUUGCGUUUUUGAUGAUCUCGGUUCAUGACGUAUCUCCAGAAAAGUUGACGGCUGCGUGCUUGCUUCCUGCGGUCAGCUGCAUCGUCGCUGCCUCGACUGGCGGUCAAGUGGCUCAGAUGGAAGCUCUUGAGGCACAUGAAGCGCUCUGGACGUUGCUCACCUGCUAUUGUUGUUGGGCUAUCGGCGUAUUCGUUGGCUUGAUGAUCUUGUGCAUCUACUUCUACAGGCUAUUGUUGUUCAAGCUUCCCUCUCAGGAAGUUGUCGUUAGUGUGUUUUUGUCCUUGGGCCCCCUAGGUCAAGGAAGCUUCGGAAUAUUGCAAUGUGGAAAGGCUGCGAAGAUGAUCUUCCCGAAGCUUACAAUUCUACCAUCAGAAGCUGGAACCAUACUUUACAUCAUGGGAGUCAUCAUGGGUCUGAUUAUCUGGGCGAUGGCAAUUCCUUGGAUGUGCUUUGCUGUGGGCUCCGUUCUGCGUCUCAAGUUGAGGUUUCCAUUCAACAUUGGCUGGUGGGCCUUCUUGUAUCCAGUUGGUGGCGUCGCUUCUGCUACUAUUACUCUGAGUGCUGAACUGGACUCCGCAUUUUUCCGCGUAGUUGGAGAGACACUUACUGCGAUCAUCGUCCUUGUUUGGGUCAUUUGCUUCACUAGGACAGUACGGGGAGCCUUCUCAGGCGAGCUCUUCCCCAAGCCAGGUGUCUGCGAACUUCGACCAGAGUCAGGAGUUAAGGUGAGAACGCGCAUCGCCUGUUGCUUCGAGACCGAAUAA